AUGGCGAGUACUCUGCUAAGGAACCGGUUAUAUGUCCCAGAUACUGAUAAAAUUCGUGAAGAUAUAAUGGCUGAAGCACAUUUGACACCUUAUUCCGUACAUCCAAGAGCCACUAAAAUGUAUAGGGACUUGAAAUUGCAUUAUUGGUGGCCAGACAGAGACUCUAGAUUUUUAUCUAAUUUCUGGAGGAGUUUGCAUAAAGCAUUUGGGACUCAGUUAUCUUUCAGCACUGCGUACCAUCCACAAACAGAUGGACAUUAUCAGUCUACUAUCGCAAUGGCACCAUAUAAAGCACUGUAUGGUAGAAAGUGUCGAUCUCCAGUACAUUGGGAUGAAGUUGGGGAACGAAAACUUUUGGGUCCAGAUUUGAUUCGAGAAAUGAGUGAAACUGUAGUACAAAUUCGGGAAGGAAUGAAAGCUGCUCAAAGCCGACAAAAGAGUUAUGCUGAUAAAAGAAGAAUAAAGCUAGAGUUUGAAGUGGGUGAUUAG